ACACGCUGUCGUUUGCAUUUGUCAUUUUCCGGUCGUCAUCUCAUUCGUUCGCGCGACUUUUUGGCGAGUGUGUAAUAAUCAACGGUUCUGUUUUAAGCAAACGAAAUUUGCGCUAUUUAGCCCCAUUAAAUUAGUAAAUCAAAAGAAAAACACAAAAUGGCCGAGAACAAGCAAGUGGAUAGCGAGAUGAACGGCGAGGACUUCACCAAGGACGUGACGGCAGACGGACCUGGAUCCGAAAAUGGGGAUGGGGCCGCCGCCGCCGCCGGUUCGACCAAUGGCAGUUCGGACAACCAAUCGGGAGCAUCCGGCCAGCGGGACGACGACAGAAAACUGUUUGUUGGUGGUCUGAGCUGGGAAACGACUGAAAAGGAACUCCGCGAUCACUUUGGCAAAUAUGGUGAGAUUGAGAGCAUCAAUGUUAAGACAGAUCCCCAGACUGGAAGGUCAAGAGGAUUUGCCUUCAUCGUGUUCACAAAUACCGAGGCCAUUGACAAGGUUAGCGCCGCCGAUGAGCACAUAAUCAACAGCAAAAAGGUCGACCCCAAGAAGGCCAAGGCCAGGCACGGCAAGAUCUUUGUCGGCGGUCUGACCACAGAGAUUACCGAUGAGGAGAUCAAGACCUACUUCGGACAGUUCGGCAACAUCGUUGAGGUUGAGAUGCCAUUCGACAAGCAAAAGUCGCAGCGCAAGGGCUUCUGUUUCAUCACCUUCGAUUCAGAGCAGGUGGUCACGGAUCUGCUUAAGACGCCCAAACAGAAGAUCGCCGGCAAGGAGGUCGAUGUUAAGAGGGCAACGCCCAAGCCAGAGAACCAAAUGAUGGGCGGUAUGCGAGGAGGACCACGCGGUGGUAUGCGUGGCGGACGCGGUGGCUACGGAGGACGUGGUGGCUACAACAACCAGUGGGACGGACAGGGAUCCUACUCGGGAUAUGGCGGUUAUGGAGGAUAUGGUGCCGGUGGCUAUGGCGACUACUAUACCGGCGGCUACUAUAAUGGAUAUGACUACGGUUAUGACGGCUACGGCUACGGCGGCGGCUUUGAGGGUAACGGCUACGGCGGCGGCGGUGGUGGCAAUAUGGGCGGUGGUCGCGGUGGACCCCGCGGCGGCGGCGGCCCCAAAGGCGGCGGUGGCGGUUUUAACGGUGGCAAACAGCGUGGCGGCGGUGGACGCCAACAGCGGCAUCAGCCCUACUAAAAUGGGGCACGGGGCGUGGGCAUUGGGUAUCUCGCAUUCUCCAGAUAACUGCAAACUAUUUGAAUUUUACCUAGUUUAGUUUGUUAUGCAUUACUACAAAAACAACACACCUCUACAAAAAGAAAAGAAAAGAAAAGAAAACCCCAUAUAUACGCAGUUGUAUAUAUACAGAAAGAAAAAAAAAAGAAACAUGUAUAGACUGGCUGGCUGGGAGCAA